CUUUUCUGGGAUAACAUAAAUUAUACAUAUACACCUUUUUCAUGUAUAUUUAUAUAUUUAUAUAAAUAUAUUUAGUCUUUUAUUUUAUCAACUUAUUAAUUAUUCUUAUUAUCAAUAACCUACUGUUCUUUUGUUAGAUCUCUCUCUUGUUUCUCUUUUUCUUCCACUCUUUAAUUUCUAUUUGUUGUUCUUUAUUUUCUUUCUAUCUUUAAACUUAUUACGUACAAAACAAUGAAACGCAUCUCUACCGAAGAAUGGGGUGACGAUAGACACUCAAAACAAACUCGACGAACUACCUAUGACGAAGUAAAUAGUACAUCAGCAUCUCCGGCUUAUUCCAUCCAUUCUUCGUCUCCUGCCUAUAGAUACCCUUCGAAAAUCUCUCGAAACUAUGCUGGUUGUUCAAAACUAUCUGAUUAUGAUAUGGAAGAUAAACUUGGUGAAGGUACAUUUGGUGAAGUACACAAAGCAAGAAAUAGGAUCAAUGGUCAAUUAGUUGCUCUUAAACGGAUUUUGAUGCAUAAUGAAAAGGAAGGGGUACCUAUUACAGCCAUCCGAGAAAUCAAGAUUUUAAAACAAUUACGACACAAGAAUAUUGUUCCUCUUACUGAUAUCGCUGUGGAUAGAGGGGAUGCGGCUCGAAAGGAACGUGGUAGUAUAUAUAUGGUGUUUCCCUACAUGGAUCAUGAUCUUGCUGGACUAUUGGAUAAUCCUGCUGUACGACUAUCAACACCUCAAAUCAAAACCUAUUUAAAACAAUUAUUGGAAGGAACUGCUUAUCUACAUCAUAACAAAAUCUUACACCGAGAUAUGAAGGCAGCCAAUUUAUUGAUCAACAAUGAAGGAAUCUUACAAAUAGCGGAUUUCGGUUUGGCACGUGGAGUAGAAGAAGAAAAUAGAGAAUAUACAAGUUGUGUAGUAACUCGCUGGUAUAGACCUCCUGAACUAUUUUUGGGUGAAAGACGUUAUACAACUGCCAUUGAUAUGUGGGGAAUAGGAUGUGUUUUUGGUGAAUUAUUACGAGGGAAACCGAUAUUACAGGGUUUAGAUGAUCUAGACCAAUUGAAACGUAUAUUUUUACUUUGUGGAUCACCUACUCAAGAAAAUAUGCCUGGAUGGAACAAAUUACAAGAUGCUGGAAAUGUCAAAUUUGAACCUUCAUCAAGACGAGUAGUGGAAGAAUUUAAAAAAUUCGAUAUACAAGCUGCUGAUUUAAUGGACAAAUUCUUAACUUUGGAUCCAUUACGAAGGAUUACUGCUUUAGAUGCUUUGGAUCAUGAUUAUUUUUAUACAAAACCUUUACCUGCUGAACCUGGAGAUCUACCCAAGUAUGAAGCCUCUCAUGAAUUGGACAGACGUAGAGCGAAGCAAGCUGCUGAACAUCAUAAUAAUGUCAAAUACAAGAAAACUAAUCGACAACAUCAUCAUAGGUAGUUUACAUAGUACAAAUUGUAGUUUUGGAUUUUUUUUUUUUUUGUGUGGCAUGUGAAAAAUGGUAUUUUUCCCUUUUUCAAUAAAUAAAAUGAAUCUUCAUAUCCCGCUGACC